CAUUCUCUCUCACACAACUCUUCAAUUUCUCUAUUCUCUACACUCAGAAUGGCAUUCUCUAUUUCACUAGCUUUGUUCUCCCUCUUCUCCCUCCUCACCCCUUCUCUCAUUUCCUCUUCCCCUGUUCAAGACCCUGAACUUGUAGUGCGAGAAGUACAUACGGCAAUCCGCAAUGCCUCUAGGGCUAGGAGGAAUUUGGGGUAUCUUUCUUGCGGCACUGGUAAUCCUAUCGAUGACUGCUGGCGCUGUGACCCUAAUUGGGAGAAGAAUCGCCAGAGAUUGGCGGAUUGCGCAAUUGGGUUCGGUAAAAAUGCCAUUGGUGGAAGAGAUGGAAAAAUUUAUGUUGUGACCGAUUCUGGUAAUGACGACCCUGUUAACCCUAAGCCAGGGACUCUAAGGCAUGCUGUGAUUCAAGAUGAGCCAUUGUGGAUUAUUUUUGAACGGGACAUGACAAUCCAAUUAAAAGAAGAGCUGAUCAUGAAUUCGUUUAAGACAAUUGAUGGUAGAGGAGCUAGUGUUCAUAUUGCUGGCGGUCCAUGCAUUACUAUACAAUAUGUUACAAACAUUAUCAUCCAUGGACUUCACAUACAUGACUGCAAGCAAGGAGGGAACGCUUAUGUGAGGGACUCCCCACGGCACUAUGGAUGGAGGACCAUAUCAGAUGGUGAUGGUGUGUCUAUCUUUGGGGGUAGUCAUAUUUGGGUGGAUCACAAUUCGUUAUCGAACUGUAACGAUGGACUGGUUGAUGCAAUUCAUGGGUCCACAGCCAUCACAGUUUCUAACAAUUUCAUGACCCACCAUGAUAAAGUCAUGUUGUUGGGUCACAGCGAUUCCUACACUCAGGACAAGAACAUGCAAGUCACUAUAGCCUUCAAUCACUUUGGAGAAGGCCUCGUCCAAAGGAUGCCAAGAUGUAGACACGGGUAUUUUCAUGUGGUCAACAAUGACUACACUCAUUGGGAAAUGUAUGCUAUUGGAGGUAGUGCAGCACCCACAAUCAAUAGCCAGGGAAAUAGAUUUGUUGCACCUGACAAUAGAUUCAGUAAAGAGGUGACGAAACAUGAGGAUGCACCAGAAAGUCAAUGGAAGAACUGGAAUUGGAGGUCUGAAGGAGACCUCUUGGUCAAUGGUGCAUUUUUCAGAGCAACAGGAGCAGGAGCCUCUUCAAGCUAUGCUAAAGCUUCAAGCUUGAGUGCUAGACCUUCAUCACUUGUUGGCUCCAUAACUGUGGGUGCAGGUGCUCUUCCUUGCAAGAAAGGCGCUCGCUGUUGAUCACUGAUUGAUUGCUGAUAGUUGAUUGUGACACAUUGAUUACAACAACAUUUCUUAAUGGCAAGUUGUUUUGAUUAUUUAAGUAUAUUGGACCAUCAUUACUUAGAAUUAGAAGAAAAACGGAAGCUAAGCUGAAGAAAAUGUGGAAAAUGCAGAAAAGUCCAACACUACGAUUUUAGGGCUUCCAAUUUUCUCUACAUAUAUAUAUAUAUAUAUAUAUAUAUAUAUAUAUAUAUAUUUGAUCUUUUCUUGAUGAUUACAACCUCGGCCUGUUACUCUUGGAACCAUUCAGGAUUCUGUUAAAGAAUCUUGCUGGGUUUAGAGAAAGCAAGUCCAGAAGUGUUGAUAUAGUAUAUGAAUUUAUCUUUUCAUUUCAUAUAAAUAUUAAAAGGUCCCUUCUCUC